AUGUUACCACCAGUAGGCUCGCCCUAUCCCUACACAUUCUUGCACAUUCGGCGCAACAACACCUACUCUGGCCAUCUCAUCCACACUGCGCCUUCCUCCAACUACAACCCCAGCCAUCCCUCAGAGAUCAAAGAGCAACUCGUGCGGCCCAGUUUCGACUCCACUGCAAUGAUGAGUAUCCAGUCAAGCCCGAGCUACCAACCGGUCAGCCUUCCAUUCCUGACUGGCAGAGUCAAGCGGCAUCAGACAUCCUUGGAUGAUCUGCGGAUCCAGAGUACGAAGCUGAAUAUCAAGCUGCCACCUCGUGUGGACAGCACACAUCCGCGUUAUACGAGCCCAGAGCCAUAUUCGUCUGGCAAGGAACAUUUUGAGGUUGUUGAGGAGGGAAACUGGGUGAAUGGGAUGUGGCGUGGGGACAGGAUGUACCUCGCGGACCUCUUGAGAAGGAUGUACCUCGCAGACCUCUUGAGAAGGAAGGAUGUACCUCGCGGACCUCUUGAGAAGGAUGUACCUCACAGACCUCUUGAGAAGGAUGUACCUCGCGGACCUCUUGAGAGUUUGUUGCAGGAUCACAAACGGGCGGGCUGUACCCAUGUUUGA